UUAGCGUGCUAGCUACCAUGGCCUACUCAAAGCUUUUCUCUCUGAUUUCCAUUGCUGUCAUCCUUGCACUGCACACACCCAUGGCGGCUGCCCAACUCCGCUAUUUCUGUGCAAACUUUGCAACCUUCCAUCCCAAUUCCCGCUUCGAAAAAAACUUAAACACACUUUUGGGUAAUCUCUCCUCCAACACACCACGCAACGGUUAUAGUUCUGGCUUCGCCGGUAAAUGCACCGACAGAGUCUACGGCCUCGCUCUCUGCCGUGGCGACGUCACCACCGAAGAAUGCAAGAAAUGCGUAGCCGACGCCACCACCAGGAUACGUCAACUCUGCCCCAACAACAAUGGCGGCAUCUUAUGGUACGAUAAUUGUGAGCUCAAGUACUCGCAGGAUGAUUUCUUUGGGGAGAUAGACAGCGCGAAUAAGUUCUACAUGGCCCACUGGGAAGACGCGAAGGAUCCCAAGGCAUUCAUGCAGAAAACCAGAGAUCUGUUGACCAGACUGGCGGACAAGGCGGCGAUGCUGAAGAGCUCGUACGCGGCGGGAGUGGAGAAUCUCGGCGGAACCAAUACGCUGUACGGCUUGGUUCAGUGCACCAGAGAUCUCUCCGGCGAGGAUUGUAAGAAGUGCCUCUACGACGCCAUUGCAGAGCUUCCACAGUGCUGUGGGACUGCCAAAAUUGGAGGGAGAGUUAUCGAAGCGAGUUGCAAUUUUCGAUAUGAAACUUAUCCUUUUUAUAACGGUGCUUGAAAGGAAGAAAUGCUACCUCGUUUCUUUAAUUAGUAUGUUACUAUAUAUGUUGUCUGUAUAAAUAAAAAGGGCGCCCCUGUAAGUGCUGUCCCUAAUAUAAUCAAGUCUCUGAGUCAGACUGGAUUAUAUUCUUAAUCUUCACUUUUAAUUUGGUCCUUUCACCAUUGUAUUUUUACUUUUAAUCAAACAGUUUAAAUCCAUUAUUGGAUUAAAU